GUUUUCUGCAGAACAGGAAUCCAGACUUCAGGCCAGAGUACCACAACCUGGUCAGGGGUCGUGCUGAUCGCGCUGACCUAGCCUGGUGGUCGUUGCGUGGAGGCGACAGCGCAGCAGGUGGUGGUGGACUGGGGACAGUGGCAGGCCUAGGGGUGGGGGCAUGGCCAUGGGGGGGCCGCAUCCCAUCCUCCACCCUGCACCGGGACAGGCGCUGGGGCUGGGGGUCCUGGAGCACUGGCCCAUCCAGGGGAGCUCCCAGACUCUCGGAGCUCAGGCCCUGGCUGAGCGGGGGAACGCCCGCAGCCACAGGAGGUGGAGAUAGUACUCUGGGAGGAGGUGGGGCGGAGAAGGGAGGCAGGGGGAGAUGCUCCCGCAGGGUCUGGGUUCUCCUUGGCUCCUUGGUCCUCAUCUUCCUCACCUCGCUAUUCUUCUCCGUCUCACUCCGUGGGGGUGUCGGUCUCAACUACCUGGAGCCCCCCGGGUGGGAGGAGUCGAGGCGGGUGAAGCUAGUGCCCAGCUACACGGGCGCACACAGGCUGUCAACACCUGACACCUCGCAGCAGAAGACGUGCGCCUGCUCGCACUGUGUCGGAGACCCUGGGGUUUCUGAUUGGUUCGAUGAGAACUACGACCCAGACAUCUCACCUGUGUGGACCCGAGACAACAUCCAGCUGCCCUCUGAUGUAUACUACUGGUGGGUG